CCCAUUCGGAGAAGAAUGCAUCGCCAGUCGCCACCAUAGCUAGCCUGCCCCCGCGAGACCAAUAAUUGAACUAGAAAGUAGAAACCACAGGCUCUAGAUCGGCUGCUCUCGACGGCUUCUGAAUCCAAAGCUAUGGACGUCCAGGCUCUAGAUCGGCUGCUGCUCGGCCUCUAGAUCCUGCUUGGCCUCCGCCCUCCGCUUCAGAUCCUGCUCUGCUCGGGCCGUCGGGCGCUCGGCCUCGCUCCUGCAGGGCACAGCCGCGCAGGCUGGCACUGAGGCUGCGGCUGUCGGCGCCCGGUCCCGGCUCGGCGGCUCCCCUCCUCCCCGGGCGGCUGGCGCUGAGCUGAGCCGCUGAAGACUGAAGAAAAGGACCGAGCCACCGAGGACCAGAUUGAAACCACCGGCCGGCCGGCCGGCGGAGAGAGCGAUGGCUGAGCUCGCGGCGGGCGCCGUGAGCUCACUGCUGGGCGUCAUCCGCAACGAGGCGCUGCUGCUGCGCGGCGUCCGGGACGACGUCCAGUUCAUCAAGGAGGAGAUGGAGAGCAUGAAGAGCUUCUUGGCGCACUUGGCGAGGUGGGCGCCCCCCGGCGGCGACCAUGAUGAGCAGGUGCGCACGUGGAUGAACCAGGUGCGGCUGCUCGCCCAGGACUGCAACAACUGCAUCGACCUCUACCUGUACCGUAGGAACCCGGAUAUCCACCGCACCAGGGGCGGACUCCGACGCUACCUCUGGUGGGUUUCCUGGUUCCUGCACAAGUUGGUCGCGCAGCACCGCGCGGCCGUCCAUCUGCGCCAGCUCAAGGACCGGGCGCGCGACGUCGGCGAGCGGCGGUUGAGGUACGGCGUGGAGGUACCGGCCAAGUCGGUGGCGGGGCAAUCGUCGUCGGCGCGGGCUGCUGCACCAGGUGGCUAUGCCGCUGGAGACGACGAAGAAGACGGUGACGAUCAACUCGUGGUGGCGACGGCGACCGAUCAUUCUGGUCCAAGAGCCUUCAUUCGGCCUCGCACUCUGGAUGACUACGUCGAGGCAAAGCUAUUGGAGUGGUACGAAGUAUUUCCUGCUAACGCCGAGGAGUCUAUGUCCAUCGUCAUUAUGGCACCGGAUACUUACUGCGACGGCGUCCUCGCUCUUGCACAUGAAACUUUGGUUUUCCCACCCGGGGGCUUCGAUGACGAACGCGACGGCUACGAUCGCGUUGUCAUGGUCGACGUCCCGGCAGUGCACCACUAUUUUUUACCGCUAAGAGCCGAGGAAGUUCUCUACUACAUCCUGCGCGAGCUUGAGCUCGAGCAUUCCAAAUCCCAAACCCAGGAGCAAGGCACAGAUCAAGGCGAAGGGGAGGAGGAGGAUCUUGAUUCUUGGCAAGUUUACCGCAGAAAAUGUGUUAUUUACGAGGAAAAAAAUAGGGCUAUUCAUAAAAUCAAGGUGAAUAUUGAAGAGAUGAAGAUUUACGAAAAGCUUGACAAGAUCAAGAGUGAUAUUCGAGUUCGACCACAGACACUCGACCAGCUGCUUCAGCUGUACCUUGAACAAAAGAAGGGCUUGGAUCAGCUGGACCUAGACGUACUCCUUCAGCUGCUGCUCCAAUCAGCUGCUGCUGCGUCUCAGCAGGACCAAGUGAAGAACAAAGACAUGCAUAAAUUGCCAGCGUGGGACGAUAACAUCAUCGCAAAAAUUGCCAAGAAGCUUGAGGAGCAUAUGGAAGCAGACGAAAAGGCCAAAAAGCUUAAAGAGCAAAUGGGAGUAGAAGAAAAAGAAGAAACAGCUAAGCAUAUGAAGGAGGAAGAAGGAGAAGGAGGAGAAAGGGCCGAAGGAGAAGGGGCAGGAGGAGAAGAAGAAAUAGCUAAGCAUAUGGAGGAGGAAGAAGGAGAAGAAAAAACAGCUAAGCAUAUGGAAGAAGAAGAAGAAACAGCUAAGCAUAUGGACGAGGAAGGAGGAGGAGGAGGAGAAGAAACAGUUAAGCAUAUGGAGAAGAAAGGGGAAGGCGCAGGAGAAGUAAAAGAAGAAGAAACAGCUAAGCAUAUGGAGGAGGAGGAGGAGGAAGGAGCAGGAGAAGGAGAAGAAGAAGAAAAAGAAGAAACAACUAAGCAUAUGGAGAAGGAAGAAGGAGCAAGAGAAGGAGGAGGAGGAGGAGGAGGAGAAGAAAAAGAAGAAACAGCUAAGCAUAUGGAGGAGGAAGAAGGAGGAAGAGGAGAAGGAGAAGAAAAGGAAGAAACAGCUGAGCAUAUGAAGAAGGAAGAAGGAGGAGGAAGAGGAGAAAAAGAAAAAACAGCUAAGCAUAUGGAGGAGGAGAAAGGAGAAGGAGGAGGAGGAGGAAAAGAAAAAGCUAAGCAUAUGGAGGAGGAAGAAGGAGAAGGAGAAGAAAAAAAAGAAACAUCUAAGUAUAUGGAGGAGGAAGAAGGAGAAGGAGCAAGAGAAGAAGGAGAAGAAGAAGAAAAAGAAGAAGAAAUAGCUAAGCAUAUGGAGGAGAAAGAAGGAGAAGGAGAAAAAGCGGAGGAGGAGGAAGUCGCAAAGAAGCAGAAAACCCCGAUUCGUCUCCAUGAAACCCAAUAUGUACACAUUCUGCGGGAAGUGUUCCCGAAGACCAGCAGCAGCGAGCCCCUACGGGUCCAGCAACAAGACAGAUCGUUGGCCAAGCAAGCUACAAUGGCCACAACGACUACAUUGGGUGAAGAUCAAAUCAAACAAAUGAUCCACGACGCAAAGCAAGAGAUCUUACGUGAGCUGCAGGAAGGCAAAUAUGAGAAUAAUCAAGCGACAGGUCAACCUGGUGUACCGGGUCAAAACCCAGAAGCUGUUUUUGAAGAAAUCGAGCAGAAGAUGGACAAACUCAAGCAGGAGUUUAAAGAGCAGCUGAAAAUCAAAGGGCUCGUGGAUGAGAUUAAACAUCACUUGAAGGAUGACUGUCCCCUGAUUAUCCUCAAAGUUGAUGAGAUGAUGGAUGUAUCCAGAUGGGAGGAUAUCAGAAAUGCUUUGAGCCUGUUAAAAUGCAGCGCCGAUUUACUGAUCGUCACCACCACAAAGGGCACCCAGCAGGCUAAAGAAUAUUGCUAUCCACGGCGGGAACCUAUAGACUAUUCUCUUGCUGGCCUCUACCAUGAUACCGUGCUCGAGCUUACUAGCCAGCAGAAGAAUGAAGACAACUACAACCCCCAGAUUUUUCGCGACAUCUUGGAGGAGUGUGAGCCACAUGAAUUCUGCAUGAAGAUCUUCACUCAUGCUUUGCAUGCUAACCCCAAGAGGAGCAAUGAAGAGUUACUCAAGCUGCACAGCACCCUGCAGGCUUUGCCAAAAUCAUUCAACAUCAUUGCGAAUAAGAUGUUCAAGUUCUCUUACAAUGAUCUGCCUAAAGAAUACAAGUCCUGCUUGCUGUACCUAGCUAUCUUCCCUCCGGGCCACAAGAUUAGGCGGUCAACCUUGAUUGGACGGUGGGUUACAGAAGGGCUGACAUUCAAGGAAGAUUGGCCCAGUUCUGUGCGUCAGGCCAACCGAUGUUUUGACGCCCUUAUCCACCGGUGGCUUGUUUAUCCUGCUGAUAUUGGUGCCACAGGAGAGGUCAAGAGCUGUGUGGUAGGUGAUCUAGUUCAUGGAUUCAUUACUACGAUCGCCAGAAAACAACACAUCGUGGAGACACGCCUGUCACGUCACUUGGCUCGCCACUUCUCCAUUUUCAAUGAUCUCCAACUCCGCAGCUCUGAUAAAAUCGACAAAUUCUUCCAAAGGCUCUCUGAAUCACCCCGGGUAUCCCUGCUCAAGGUGCUAGAUCUAGAAGGUUGUCAGUGCUUUGGUAGGAAGAACCAGCGCUACCUCAAGGACAUCUGCAGCAAGAUGUUACUGCUCAAGUAUCUGAGCCUAAGAGGAACAAAUAUGACCCAACUGCCCAAUGAAAUCAACUACCUCCGUGAGCUAGAGGUAUUGGAUAUCCGACAAACCAAGGUGCCUGCAUAUGCAACAGUAAAUGUCCUGCUUUUGAAGCUGAAGCGUCUGCUUGCCGGUCACAUUGAUACGAGUCCAAGUAAUUCUGACACCGUCCGUAGUGACGCUGGAGGAGCGUCUCCUUUGAUCCCAUGGUGUAGUUUGUGUGUGGCUGUGUGCUCGUGUGGAUUGCCAUCUGUUCUGCAAGCUGCCUAUUAAUUUCUAUCUGUUGCGCAUGCGCGUGUGCUUAUGUUUUGCAUGUGUUUUGACUGUGUCCGGUUACUUGCUCUACAUGAGUGCUUUGUGAUUGUGGUUGAGCAUAAUGGCUGUGUCUAUGCUCACGGAUUUGAAUUUGUGUGGCUUUCCUCUGUAUCGAACAUCAUGCAUGGUUUCAUGUAAUAAGUGCGACAUUUUUGCGCACAUUUGACUUCUUAUUAAUGUAACGUGUGCUAUAUUA